AAAUUAUAAUUAAAAGAUUAUCAUCGAUUGUCUUUUUAAACUUCUAUUUCUUCGUAAAUUUACAUUUAUAUCAAUUUCUAAUACAUUCCACAUAACUUAAAAAUAGAUUUAAAAUGAGUGAAGUAACAUUAGAAACAAUUCCAUACGCAAAAAUCAUGUUACAUGCAGCGAAAUAUCCUUCCUGUGCUGUGACUGGAAUACUUUUAGCUGAUGGUACAAAUAUUAGAGAUGGUGCUAAAAACCAAGAUUUAAAUAUUGUUGAUGCUAUACCAUUAUUCCAUCAUAGUCAUUAUUUAUCACCAAUGGCAGAAAUAGCUUUGACACAGAUAGACACAAUGGCACAAGCAGAUAACCGCGUAAUCGCGGGAUAUUAUGCAGCUUGUGAAAACUUUAGGGACAACACAGUUGAAAAAUGCCCAGGGCAAAAGAUAGCCGAGAAGAUUGCGGAAGUUUUUCCAUCUGCUGUGUUUAUUGUGGUGGAUAAUAAAAAAGUGAUGAAGCAUCUUGAUUCACCAGCGAUUAAACUACACAAUUAUAGCGACGGAAAAUGGAAGCCUAAAGACACAAGUAACAUUAUUUACCAACAGCCUUAUGUAUUAGAGACAGUAUCAUAUUUAAUGCAAGCCCUUGUGUAUAAGGAUUUGGUAGAUUUUGACAACUAUUUGGAUGAUCUGACACUGGAUUGGACGAACCUCGGUAUUGAGAAAGUAAUUGCAAGUAUUAACGCGUCGAAUAACAUUGAAAGAGAAUAUAUAGAAGGAAAAGGCAAUGAGGAGGAUAAUGAAUAUUAAAAAAAAUAGUUUAUUGUAAAUUUUGUUUUUAAAUGUAUGUGAAAAAGAGUUUUUUACAAGACAGUGUAACUAAGA